GCAUGACUCCAGCAAUGUUGCUUGUCAAGGGGCCUGUCAGAUGACAAAUGACCAAGCGUGUGGUCGUGGCAUCUGGUUACUUCAAUCCUUUGCACUAUGGACAUGUGUCCUAUCUGGAGAAGGCACGUGACCUUGGAACCAGUUUGAUUGUGAUCGUGAACAACGACUUGCAAGCAGCCAAACACAAGAAGAAUGGUGGCGAAAUGCGACUGCCUGCGCGUGAACGGGUAAAACUUGUCCGAUCCUUGCAGUGUGUCGAUGCCGCGGUGGAAGCCAUUGAUGAAGACGAGUCAGUGGCUGAAACGUUGCGAUUGCUUCACCCAGACAUUUUUGCCAACGGUGGUGGUUCAAAGCCCACAGAGCAGGAGUUCAAGGUGUGUACCGAACUGGGCAUCCAAAUGGUUGAUGGCCUCGGCAUUCAACUGCUGUCCUUAACUCCAUUCACGCAGCACUAUGACUGGGGUAAACCCAGAAACGAGAGCAUUAUUGCAGCCCUGACUGGGCAGCAAACUCCGGAGAAUGACAAGGAGGAGGACAGCAAACCUUUCGCGGAGCUGUGGAUGGGAGAUCAUCCCUCUGGACCUGCUCGAGUUCAAAGUCCCAGUGGAAAGGAACCCAAAAAGAAGCUUUGGAGAAGUAGUUCCUUACAAGAGGUGAUGCAUCGGUCCCCAUCCAUGCUGGGGCAGCUCUCAGAGACCAAACAACUUCCAUUUUUGCUGAAGGUCUUAUCCAUUCACAAGGCCUUGUCCAUUCAAGCGCAUCCUGAUAAGAUCCGGGCCGCAAAGCUCCAUCGAGAACGGCCAGACAUAUACAAAGAUCCAAACCACAAGCCAGAGAUUGCCAUUGCUUUAAGCGAUGACUUCCAGGCUCUUUGUGGCUUUCGCCCAGUCUCAGAGAUCCUCCAGAUGCUACCGCACGUGCCGGAGCUUGUAGCUCUGAUUGGUUCAGAGGCGGUUCCAGAGUUGGAAGCAUCCCUUGGAGACGAGGAUAGGGAGUCUGAGGCCCUGCGUUUAGCCUAUUGCUCGAUGAUGCACGCGGAGGAGGCUGAGAUGAAGCACCAGGUGCAGCUGCUUCAUUCUCGCGCCAUAAAGGCCACGAUGAACUACGGCUACCCGGCCACCGAGCAGGUCCCACACAAUGUGGAGGAGUGCUUGUCACUGGUAUGCAAGCUCUAUGAGCAGUACCAGGAGGACAUAGGUAUCUUUUCAGUAUUUUUCAUGAACUACGUCCGCCUGAAUGUGGGUGAAUGUUUGUACAUGGCACAAAAUGUUCCGCACGCCUACAUCUCUGGUGAUAUCGUCGAGUGUAUGGCUUGCUCGGACAAUGUGGUCCGUGGAGGGCUGACCCCAAAGUUCAAGGACGUGGAGGUUUUGUGUGAGAUGCUGAAUUACAGAGGCGGACCUCCUGCUACACUGGAACCGACGGAGCUAGAAAAGGGCAUCCUGCUCUAUUCAGACCCGGACAUACAGGAGUUUCAGGUGACCCACAUGCAGAUAGAAGCAGGAGGGGAGCAGCGUCGGCUCUUCAGUAGCGAUGGCCCUGCCAUGGCGUUGAACCUCUCUGGAUGCGGGAAUGUGACCAUCUCCGGUGAGACCCAGGAGGUGACUCCUGGAAAGGUCUUCAUGUUAGCAGCAGGUGCAGAGCCUGAACUUCACGCUAAGACCAAGAUGGAGAUUUUCGUGGCAUCUUGCCCACCAGAGUUCUUCAAAAGUCCCAGUCCGAGCCCCAUGGUGAGAAAGUGAUGAAAUCGAGGGUUUGCAGCAACGGGUUUGCAACGUGCACCAGCAAGAGCAGAGUUUCCCGCUCCAUGUUUG